UCAGUUCUGACGUUUAAUUUCUUGUUCGAUGGCGUUUACUUUUCUUUUUCACAAAAAUUGAAUUACUUUUUUAUAAAACAAAUAUACAUUGAUAUAAUAUUCAGAAUAUUAAAUAAAAUUGAAUUAUUUUUAUAAUUAUCUCAAUUGAAAUUGAUAAUUUACUUGUUUUUUCUCAAAACAAUAAGUAGUUCUUUCAUAAAUGUAACUCUCGACUUUGUCCAACAAAAAACAGUUCGCAUUUUGCGCCAGGCGCACAGAGGACAGAAUACAGACACAGAGAAAAGAACUGAACAAACGGAUUCAAUUGAAACUCCGUUAAAAGCAAAGUUUUGUUUGUUUUAACAUUAAAUUUAUUUUUAUUCUCUGGAGGAGACAAAUCAAUUCCAAGAGAAUUCUCGGAGUUCAUAAUUUUGUUACCGUUAAAUAUUCCCAAAAUCAUUUUCGACGGCUCUUAGCAAAUAAUUUAAUUGAUUAAAAUGGAAUCCUUCAUUUUAGUCGAUGACUUGAUUGAGUGUGAUGCUGAAGAAACAGUCGAGAAUUCGCAUGCAGUUUGGACAGAACAAGCUCUUGAUUUAUUCAUAUCGCAGCUAAAAAAUGCUACCAAGCAAACAUUUGCCAAUCAACGUGAAAUGCUUGAAUUUGUCACGGAAAAGAUGUCACAACGAAAUUUUAGUUUCUCCUUCGUGCAAAUUGAAUUUAAGUACAAUAGUCUUAAAAAAAUGUAUUUGGACAAGAGGACAAAGAAUCAAGAAGUUGAACCGGAAUUGAUCAAAUUAUUUGGUGAUAUUAAACCACCUCCAUCAAAACGACAGAACAAUGAUGAACAGCAGCAAAGUGCAAAGAAAUUGAAAAAUGAUGAUAAUUCCAAUUCUUCGCAAUUAAACAAAUCAUCCGAUGAGGACAUAUCUUACGAUGAAAAUGAUAAAAAUAAAAUGAUAUGGUCAGCCGAAUCGAAUAAAUUCUUUCUUGAUCUCCUCGAAGAACAUCGACCAUUGCUUGGUACAAAAUUUCGCACAAAAAGACAAAUGUGGGAGGAGAUUUCUCGCCGAUUGAAAACUAGAGGAUUUGAUUUAACAUGGAGUCAAGUGGAGAACAAAUGGAAGUAUUUGGUGAGACACUAUCGCCAACGUUUGGAAAUGCUGCGGAAGAAUGAAAAACCUAAUAAUAAAUUUCUUAAUAAAGAUACUUUUCCAAAUGUAUAUAAAUCAUUAGAAAAAGCAACAUCACAACCAUCACCAACCAAAAAAAUUAAACAAGAAAAUAUGAGAAUAAGUUUUGCCAAUGAUCAAAAGUUACCAUUUGAUGAUGAUGAUGAUGACGAUGAUGAUGGUUAUGAGGAUGAAAAUGCAUUUCAAUUUGAAGAAGCCUGCUCGUUACCUGAAGUCAAUGUUGUCGCAACAGAGCAUUUAGAUCCAGUAAAUGUUGAAGAUGUAAAGCCUUUGGGAGACAUACUAUCUACAACUGAAACAUCUUCACAACUUGAUAAAAUAUCUAAAGAAUUAUCAAAUUUUCGAAAAGACACCCAAAAAUAUCAAACUGAAGCGUUGAUUAUUAAAAAACAACAAUUAGAAGCAUACAAGCAACGUACAGUACAAUUUACUAAAAUUGGUGAUGCCCUUAAUGAAUUGCUGGGGCACAUGAGAAGUAGAGAUGGACUUUUAUAGUGUAUAUUAUUAAUUUUGUUUUUCUGAUAAUUUUAAAGUCUGUUUAGUAAUUAUUAAAGCUUAAUAUGGUUUUUAA